AGAGUGAAAGUGAGAGUGAGAUAGUUUAUAGGCCAUACAGGCUCAUCGACUAUUUUUCAUAAGGACGAGCGUAACUCGCUGCAAAAUUCAUUACUUAUAGGCACUCCUUCCAGGCUAGUAUAUAUGUACUUGACAAGACAACUGAUACAUAUUUCAUGUACAUGUAGUGCCUACAGAUUCUGGGUAUUAGUUUACCGUUACUUUGAGUUUGGUUUUUAAUGACGUGCACUUGCAUGUGCUGUACAUGUGUGUUGCUUUUCCCUUUGCUAGCCAGGAUCUGAAGUUUCUCACUUUAAAACAGAGUUGUAAAAGGCUUGGAUUAAAACAGUUUUAAGCUCUCUGGAUUUGUGAGUAUUGUGCCAUUUUUCAUCAAACAAUACUAAUAGCACAGAAAUGGAACUUUGUCUGGAUGUACGUACAUUGUAGAGACUAGAAUUCCCCAUCGCUUGUUUCCAGGAAAUUGGAAUAUUGGACUUACACUUAUACCAGGAUUUGUGUUAAAAGUAUCUUUGAGUGAAGUGCUUGACGAGCGAGAGAGAUAUUGGAUUAGCAUGUGUUAACGGGAUCUCCCAAGGAUGGUCGAUUAGUCCUUUCAUCAAGGGAUAAUGUUUAACUUUAACAACGAGAUGACGGAUGAGGAGGCUGUGUUGGUAGUCGCUAAAUGGGACUACGACUCCAAGCAAGAAGAAGAGCUCAGCAUCAAACGGAACGAGAAACUCAAGCUGAUCGACGAUUCCAGAUCAUGGUGGAGGGUGGAGAAACAGAAUGGCAAAUGUGGCUAUGUCCCAUCGAACUAUGUGAAGCGAGACAAACUCGGCCUCGUGGAGAGAAUCCGGAAGGGGAUCUCUGCAAAGCGAACUGUACAGAAACCGGCGUCGCGUCCGAUCUCCCCGCCCAACAGCGAAAGCCCACAUCCACACCCGGCCCAAACAGGAGGCGAAAUGCCAUUCUCACAACUCGCGAGGGUCAUGUACCACUAUAAAGCCGCACAAGGCGACGAACUCAACCUGGUCAAAGGUGAGCAAGUGAACGUUCUGGAGAAGUCCGGGGACGGUUGGUGGCGAGGAGAGUGCAAUGGACAAAGUGGGUGGUUCCCCUCAAAUUACGUGAGCGAGGAGGACACCAAUAUGCCAAAUAGUCACGGUUCCAGCACGAGUUCAAAAGGUGACGACAACUCCAUCCCAGAUGACUUUGUGUUGGGUGUUACAACUCUGUAUGCCUUCAAGGCAAGGACUGACGAAGAAUUAAAUUUUGAAAACGGCGAGUCGCUGGACAUUAUAUCGAAUCCCUCCGACGAUCAGGACUGGUGGAGAGCACGCAACAAGAAGGGUAACACAGGACUAGUUCCGAGCAACUAUGUGAAGGUUGUAGAGAAUGCGGACCCUGUGUGCCCAACAAAUUUUUUUAUUGAGGAUGCUGUCCCGAAACCCAUUGAUUUGCCGCAGCACGACAACAACUUUGCUCCGCCCUCUGAUAGAUUUUACGAUAGGGAUUGGUUUCAUGGAAGAAUAACCAGAGGGGAUUCAGAGAAGAUCUUGAGCUGUCCUGGAGAGAGUGGAUUAUUCCUCAUACGAGAGAGUGAAACAAUGCCUGGUGACUUUGCUGUGUCUGUGAAGGCUCCAGAUCGAGUGAAGCAUUUCAAAGUGACGCGGUCAGAUAAGAAGUUCUGUAUCGGACAGCGGAAGUUUGAGUCAUUAGAUGACCUUGUCGACCACUACAAACGCUCACCCAUAUUCAGCUCAGACGAUGGCGAACUCAAGCUGUAUUUAACACGGCCGAAUCAGAGAAAUUAAUGUCAAGGGUGAUUUCUAAUGGACGCUGAAAAUACCCCAGCAUGAACAGAAGAAAAACUGCCUGGGUGGGCGUUAAUAUCUUUUAUUCGCUUGUGAGGGAUUACAUUUCUUUAUUGAGUGAGGAAAGAGAGAGAGAGAGAGAGGGAGAAAGUGAGUGUGAGAGCACAGUAAAGAAUGAAUAAACUCUGAGAAUGAACUGCAUAGGUCCCAACUUGGAGCCUUGUGGGACUCACCGUGUUAUGUUUAUAUACAUGUACCAAAGUGAGAUUCCAAUGUACAUGCACAUGUGUUUUCAAAGAAACCACAUGAAGAAUGCUUUAGAUGUACAUGUAGCUCUUGGACUGUUAGUUAUUGACCAGCAAGAGCUUCCUCGUUCAGGACAUUGUGCUAUAUUAACCAUGAUAGGAUGAGCUUCAUACACAGGCUUUGUGAUAGCUGCAAGACUCAACAGACUAGUGAAUGAAGUGCUGUUGGGGAUCAUCGAGCAUUAAUGUCAGUUUUAUUUCAGACCUUCAAAGAAACUUAUGGAAACCUUUUGUCUAUUUUCCAAGUGUUGCUAUUGUCCAAGAUCUUCCCCCAAUAAUGUUAACUUUACGGUUUGAAUUUAACAAAGUACUUGUACGUAAUUGUGUAAUCCCACUGAGUAGAAGUGUCCUUUUCUCCUGUUAGUACACUUCACUUGAAUAUAAAAUAUGUCAUGUGAAUUUGACUAUCGGAGGAAACUUUCUCAAAGCCAUAGAGGUUUUUAUUGUAAUGCAUCAACAUGUACAAACAGGUCUAGUUGAAAAGGGAAUCGCCAAAGUGAUAGAGGUUUUUACUGUAAUGCACCAACAUUUACAAACUGGUUUAGUUGAAAAGGGAUUCGCCAAAGUGAUAAAAAAUUAACUACAUUCUUCCAAAGAUUGCAUGUACUGCAGACUGCGACUGCACACAGAAAAGCAUGUAUUGGACUAUACCAAAAUUAUCGGGUUGAACAAUUGCAUCAAUUAUUUGUUGCGAUUUUGAAAUCAAGAACAUUGGAAGAGCAAUAUCCCUUUUCACGAUAUUCUUCAGAAAUUUAAUGAAAAGAAUUCAAUAUUGAUGAUAAUUUCAAUCUUGUUCACAACUUUUACGUAUUUCUAAUGUUAGCCAUUUUGUUGUACAAUCCCUCUCCCUCUCUCUUUGUUAAUUCACUGUCUACUCCUCUAAGUGUGGUUAUUAGUAAAACUCAAGUAUACUGAUGUUGAGUAUUACAAUUGUUUACGCUCUAUGGCCAGAACCUGUACUGUUAAUACAAGAAGAACAGAUUCUAUUACCCAUCUCUAUAACGUAUUCUGAUCAAUAUACAUGUAUAGACAAGUGUGCUAUUAAAGUGUCCCAACUAAGCCCUUCCAAACUGAACUGCAAUGGGGAGAAAUCAUUGCAAUUAAAAAACCUUAUAUAUCUCUUUUACAAGUUAUUCAUGAUUUUUUUUUAUCAUUUUGUUUCCAGGGUUACAGUAUGUGCCAUGUUUAACCAUUUAACUCAGAACAAGAAACACUGCCAAAUGCACUAUUUCUUUUUAAUGCUGGGCCUCUGCAUUGAUUUCAUUUGAAUUAUUAUUUUGUGCAUUAAAAUAUAGCCAUCAAAGUUCAUUAGAAAUUUCCUGUGCCUGUUGAUAGUUUAGUGUUGGAAAGGAUGAUAUAAUCUUCCUCCUUCUCAUUUCUGUUGCGUCAUAGCAUGUAUGCCCUUGUUACAAAACACUCAAAUAAUUGUUUCAUAAUACCAUGAAAACAUCAGAUUCAAAGGGAACCAUUCCAAAUUAUAAGGAUAUUUUUUAAAUUUCGAACGUUAAACUUCAAAACGGGUGGAUUAGAGAGUUGGUAGUUGAAGUCAAAGUUCAGUUUAUUAGCUUUACCUUUGGACUUUGUUUGAGUGACUGGGUCUGAGGCCGAGACCAACAAUGGCAGAUUGUGACUCCAAAGCUGGCUUCAUAUCAUCUUUUGCUCUUGAAACAUAACGGUAGGACAUAUGGGAAGAAGUGAAUAAAACUACAGUAAGCAAUAUGAAGGACUGAACACAUGUUUUGUUAUUUCAUUUCAAAUGAUACAUAAAGCCAUGUUUUUCUACAUGCAAGUGUUAAAUUAUAUAAUUUGUAAUCUCCUUCAUUCAAGCUAUUUCCUAUUUUGUGUUUGAAAUUAAGUUUUUCUGUUAGAUCAUUGUUAUUUCAUUGAAAUUAGGAAAUGAAUAGUAAUUACCAACAAGAUCGUCAUUUCCUGAAUUUAUUCAAAGAUUUCUUUCUGGCAUGCAUUCAAAGUUUUGACUGCUAGUAUCGCCCUGGAAACAAACAAGCUUCCCCCCAAAACAUCUGCGAUGUUUGACAUUUAACGGUGAUAAAACGCCUCCAAUACGGAUGAUUCACUCGUAAUUAUGGAGGUUAUAUUGUGUACAAAGGGAGGCCAUUGAAUGGUUGUAUAAUUCCAUUUGAGAACAAAAUACUCUCGCAUGAUAUAUAGAAAAUUGUAAGAGGGGAAUCAAUAUCGAAAACUUGUUUAGAAACACAUGAAAAAAAUCACCACUCCUGCAAAAUAUCUGCAAAUUCAUGUUCAUUUUGCUCUUAGUAAUGUUUUUAUUUGUGAGUUUUGUAGUAUGAAUUUUCGCCUUCAUAUGCAAUGUAACAUUCACUUUUAUACUCUUUCAAACAUGCACAUUUCUCAAACAGAAAUAGGGGACAGAGUAAAAUUCCUUAAUAUUUUCAAUUAUUAGUUGUGACUCACUUUGAUGUACUCAAUGCUUGCAAAUAUAUCACUGGUCAUAAUUGGAUAAGCUUUUUUUAACUGACUGCCUUAAGUUCAAUCUUUCUUAUAAUCUUAGGUUGCUUAUGUUAUUCUCUGUGUCUGUUUUACUCCUAAAAAUAUAUGACAAUAUUUGUCUUAAAAGAAUUGGCAAUUAUUAGGUUUAUGUUUGACUUUGAUGCUUAUUUCUUGUGAGAAAUUUGAUUUGCGCUGUACUCGUCAAGAGUUCAAUUCAUGUUUAGUCUCGAUGGAAGUGACUCCAUUCCCUGUGUAUAAGCUAUGUAUUGCAGGAUUCUCUAUUCGAUUCAGUGCUGCAACAGACGCGCUCACAUACUCUGGCAACUGCUAAUAAGGCACCCCCCUUGUUCGAUGAGUUAUCGCGAUGACUGUACGCUUCCCUUCCGUGACCUCCGACGGGAGGCCCCCUUUCCUCUUUCUUUUAACCCCUUCCUGGAUUUCUGCAGUGCAGUGGCACAUUUUUAUAGGACGUUUCCUCCAUCAUUAGCGCACAGUUUGGAAGGCAUUGGCUGCUGUUUUGAAUGAAUAAUUCACAUAGAGUACCUGUUCGCGAGUGCAAUGAGAUAUGCAUGCAUUGUCAUGUAGUAAUUAUAUUCAUUGAUCAGACAUAAACUAUGAAGGUUUGUUAAUGAACUCUUUGAGAUAUUGAUAUGAGGUGAUGAAUUUGAAGCAUUUAAUGAUUGAUGUUUGAAGUCUUGUCUUAUGAAUAAAUAACCCAUGCCAGUAGUCCUAUCCUCUGAGAGAUGCUCCCCAAAUUACUCAUUAAACAUAUUUCAUGUGAACAUUUCUCACAAGAAUUGUUUAUUGAAAACAUGAACUGAUUUUAAGCCAGUAUUGGUAAACCAUCUUUCAAAGGCAUGCCUUCUGCAAAAGCAAGGCAGUACUUUAUUAUUGUCCUUGCAUUUACAUGGAAAAGAAAUCAUGAUUUCAAUUUCCUCCCAGUUCUGCUUGACAGCUUUUCACAUAAUUAAUAUUAUAUUAUCAGUAGUGGUAGUAAAUAAAUUUGUGGCAAGAGAUAUAUUGUUCAUUAAACUGAUUGCUAAUAAUUAGAAUGUAAACCUACAGUAUAAUGAUAAUAGUCAUUGGUCCACAUUGGUCCACAACUACUUCAAGUAUGGUAUUAACACUGCUCCAAUUUAAUUGGUUUGUCGUCCAUCAUCAUGUUUUAGAUCAAUCAUGCAAAGAGAGUAUAAGUAUACAUGGCUUUUAUUUAAUUCAGAUUUGACAUGAAGAUAUUGAAUCAAGUUUGGUGUUACAAUUAUGGUGUUUGAUUAUGAAAUCUCAGUAAAGUUUUUUUUUUAGAAAGAUUCAAGAGCUUAUUCAAAAUGGUUUGGUGUCAAAAGGUUUACACUGUUCCAUAGUUUGCACCCACUGGUGUAUUACUCAGUGCUUGUUCAAAUUUGAUUAUGACAUUAGGUUUAUGCUUUCUUAUAUAACUGAGAUUCACUGGUGCAUAACUGAAUGGUGUCUGCAUAACACUGGAUAUGACAUCGGAUGCCAAGGUUUGCACUCACUGGUGUAUGAGUGCUUAUUCAAAUUUGAUUACGUCAUAUGGUUUACAUGAACUGAGAUUCACUGGUGUUUAACUUAAUAAUGGUGUCUUCAUAACACUGGAUCUGACAUCGGAUGCUAAGGUUUGCACUCACUGUUGUGUAUAGGUUAAGUGCUUAUUCAAAUUUGAUUUCAUCAUACAUGCAUGGUUUACAUAAACUGAGAUUCACUGGUGUAUGACUUAAUGGUGUCAGUAUAACUCUGGUUUUGACACUUGACACCAAACACUUAACACCUGAACUGAAAUUCACCCCAUUAUCAAAGGUGCUACUGGAUGUUUGUAUUGUACUGUGAUAUUGCUGCUAUAAGAAGUAAAAAAAAUGCAAAGUACGUAGUUCUUGAAGGAAUAUGAUUUCUUGUUCUGUGACCCUCCUGUGUGUAAAAUAGUGUGUACAAUUUCUUGUAAAUUAGUGUUAAAAGUGUAGAAAAGGUUAUUUAUUUUGUUGUACAUGUAUUUGUAACAUAACACAAAUCUUAUCGCUCCGGUAUCCUUGUAUAUUCAAAUCAUAUAUACACACAACAAGUUUUCAUAGAUACACUGUGUACAUACAUGAUAAUGUGACUUAAAAUUAUUGUAACGCUGCUAAAGAUUUUAUUCAAUAAUUGACGGGGCAUCAUUUUAUUUUAAAUGUACAUGUAUGUUUUUUUUCUCUCGGAUUCAGUCUCUCCAAAAGGCAUCAUGAGGGAAAAAGUGAAAAUAUACAUCAAAAAAUGAAGUAAAAAUAACCAUCAUUGUUUCUUUUGAGUUUACUCUUGCAUACAAAUUUAUUCCCAUUCAAAUCCACUUUUUUGUAAUCCAAAUACAUACAUCUCAAGGGCUUUGUUUUUAGCUGUAUUUAUUUUUAUGUUUAACUUUGAAAUAAGGAAAUAUCAUUUAGUGGUAAAAGUAAAAUAACACCAGACAUCAUUACAAUUAUUCUUUAUUUCGUUUGAGAGGAUAUUGUUAUUCAUUCAUGUGUAUUUCAAGGGGCUUUGUUUUAAUAGGAUAUUCAAUUGACUUCAAUAUUAAGAAAAGGCAUGUUUCUAAGACUCUUUCUACAUGUAUAUAAUGACCAUCUCCUUAAUUUCUAAUUAUCAUCCAACU